UUUGUUGUCUUCGCUACGCUACGCAGUGUGCGGAUUUGAGGAGUCACACUUAUUACUGCUUUGGCGAGUAGAUUCACGGUGUGGAUACCUGGGAAACGCAAAGGACAAAGAGUACCCUCUGAUCAGCACUCCGAUCCCACGACCACGACACGGAUACGACAAGUCGAAUCUCCCGCAGCGACGAGCACGCAAGCAACAGAUAGACAACGAGCCUUCAAACAAACUCAUACUCUCGUCUGUCCGCUAGAGAAUCUUCACCGCUCUGCCUGAAUUUCACCGCAGAAGCACCACUUAGGCCCUCGAGCCUACCUCACCACCGAACCCCUCCUCUGCUCUAUACGGGUAGAACAUACUUUCGAAUAGACAAGAUGUCUUCAGCACGCGGUCGCGGAGGCAAGUUUAGCAAGCCGAAGCGUGGUGGCGGAAAACACUUUUCGAGGGAUCUACAACCGCUGAAUGCCGAUGGCGAGGUCGUGGGCAUGUGGGGUGAUGAGCAGCCGAAGGUCGAUGAGGAAUCCGAAGAGGAAGAAGACUCCUCUGAGGAAGAGUCUAGCGAGGACGACGGCCAGCCCAAGCAGGAAAUGACCCGCGAGGAGCGCCGCGCCGCUGCAAAAGCCCGCAAGCAAGCCGCGAUAGCGAAGCAGAAGAACAAGGCCGCUGAGCCUGGUGACCUCCCUCCCUCCGAGUCCGAAGAAGAGGACGACGAUGACGAGGAUAUGCCCGCGAAUCCGAACCACACGGCCAAAGCGCGCAGCCAGGCUGCCAAAGCCCCGAAGGCCCCCGACACCAAAGACAAGGGAAAGCAGGAUCUGAGCCAGCUGAGCCGACGCGAGCGUGAGGCCAUCCAGGCUCAGCAAGCGAAGGAGCGGUACGAGAAGCUGCAUGCGGAGGGCAAGACGGAGGAGGCGCGUGCGGAUCUGGAGCGCUUGAAGCUCGUGAGGGAGAGGCGUGAGGCCGAGGCUGCGCGCAAGAAGGCUGAAGCUGAGGAGAGGGCCGAGCAGGAAAAGGCUAAGGCGGAGCAGAUUGAGAAGGAGAAUAAGCGGAGGGAGGCUGCUAUGGGCGGUGCGAAGAAGGGUGGCCGGGGUGGGAAGAAGAAGGCCUAAUGGCAUAUUCCUUCCUCGCUGGAAGAUGCGGAGCACCGAUGGACAUGGUAUACAGGAGGCCGAUGCAUAUGGAUGGUGCUUGCUUCUUGCAUAGCUUGCGCAUGGGCGAGUUUCAUGAUUUUACGAGAUACUCUGGCAGAGGACGGCUGGCAUGCAUGGCUUGCUGGAUGCCUAGACGCGAAUAGAACGAGUAAUACAUGCCAGCUUCCCUUCUCUA